AUGUCUCAUGGUGAUGCUGCUAGCCACACUCCACCAAACCCCGAUGAUGGAGAAAACAAUCCCGAUCCCAACUUGAAUGAAGAUGAUACACCCUUGUCUCUCCGUAGUGAACGAUUAAUGAAACCACUCUCGAUAUUCGUUCAACAAACCUUUGAACAGUUUAAGCAUGACACGGGAAAGGAACGUGCACUCACUUGGUGGGAUGCAACUUUUGAAUCCCUUACUGAAGAUGAACGGGAAAGCUUGACUUGGGAGUCUUUCAAGACUCGUUUCUUUGAGCAAUUCUGCCCGAUCGACUUGCAACGGAUGUUUGAGAAAGAAUUCUUAGAACUCAAGCAAGGGAACAUGUCUGUAAUUGAGUAUGAGACUCAAUUUAACCGAAAGGCACGUUUUGCUUUACGGUUCUUAUCUUCCAAACACGAACGAAUCGAACAUUUUGUCGAUGGUUUGAGGCGAGAAAUCCGGGAGUUUGUUGCUAAUCGCGAUAUUCCAAGUUUCAAUAAAGUUGUGGAGUACGUUCGUCGUCGUGAACACGAUUUAACUAUAUUUGAUGAACCAAAUUUCGAGCCGAAAAGGCAACGGAAUGAAAGAACCUUUUCUGUACCUACUCAGCGACAAUCUCGAUCUUUCACUCCGAGGCGGAGUCAAUCUCAAAACAUUCCGCGUGCUCAAUCCCAAGCCUAUUCACUUCAGGUAUAA